CUCACACAUCAGGAAAGCUCUCAGUGGUACACUGUCAUCCAUUGACUCGCGGAGAGACGCACGCAGCGCAGGUAACAUGGCAGCCAACCAGACCACUGAGUACGGCAUUGAUGUGAAGACACUCAUCAUGGCAUCAAUGGAGGCCAAAAAGUACGCCUAUUGCCCCUACAGCAAAUUCCCUGUGGGGGCAGCCCUGCAGACUGAAAAUGAUGCCAUAAUCACAGGCUGCAAUGUAGAAAAUGCCUGCAACAACUUAGGUAUCUGUGCUGAACGGAAUGCCAUGGCAAAGGCUGUAUCAGAGGGACACACACGCUUCAAGGCUAUUGCCAUCGCAAGUAACCUAGAUAAGGAGCCCAUAACUCCCUGCGGGGGCUGCCGACAAUUCAUGAGGGAGUUUGGUGUGAAGUGGACUGUGUACAUGACCAGAACUGAUGGGACCUGUGAAGCAAUGACAGUGGGCCAGCUUCUGCCUGAAUCUUUUGGGCCUGAUAAUGUGAAGAACUAGGAAGUGUGCUAGUCUAUUCAAAAUGAUUUAUAACAUUUAAUGCAUUGUUAAUCUGAGACUGGCACUUGUCUCCUCUGAGGUGAAACAUGACCAAAUCUACCACUCAACAGGUGUUGGGGAAAUUACUGCACUGGAGAUUUUAACUGUCUAAUUACUUACAAAGGAAGUGUUUGAAAAUUGACACAUUUAUGGUUUGUGUUU